ACAGCUAACCUCCUCACUCGCUCACUCGCUCACUCACUCAACCUUACACUACUAUUCCCACCCACUCCGUGCCUCUUUUCCCACCUCUCUAACAAACAUCUGCCCUCACCCUCUCAAACCCUUACUUGUUUGAACAAAUCGACAAGCAAUCAAGAAAGAUGCAAGCCACCACUCCUCAAACCUGCAACCAAUUCCUGGCACGCAAGUCUGCCGCCUCGUAUCCCAAGCGGCACCUUUACACCGGGUUUUCCUGUGGGAUCGCUGAUCCCGACUGGGAAUACAUCGAUAGGGACUACAGAAAUUCAUGCCAUGGAGCGAGUACCGCCUACAAAUUUGCAUCCGAAGAGAAUCCCAUGCAACUUCGAAAUGACACAGGAGGCAUGGACGACGACGAAUUCAAUGAUGAGGGUGAGAGCGUCGAUGUCGUCUAUCCCUACCAGUACAUGAACAAGGCCCCCGCUGUCGCUUCGGAAGAGGAGAUGAGCGAUGUGCCCGAGUACGAAAUGUCCUCUUCUUACGAGGGGUCCGUUAUGGAUGAUGACGCCUUUGACGGAAUGGACCCUGGCGUUAAUAGCGGCUUUGGCACCAGUACUUCUUCUCAUUGUCCCGUCGUCUUUAGACCGGAGAGCGGCGAAGAGGUCAUGGAGCUGGAAAUGGGUAUGCAGAUGGACGAUAUUACCGCCGAUUGCUCGAAGAAGAGGAAACGCUGGACAGACGACGACGACGACAAUGUACAGCAGCUACAGUAUCCUACACAGCCUGAGUUUGCAGGUGCUUCCUGGGGCGGCGGCAUCUUCCAGAACAACGCCAAAAGGGUAAGAGUUAAACACACAUAAAAGGAAUACGAUUAAACUCGCCCGAAUUAAAACAGGGCAUAUUAUUAUCUUUCCCCUUCCUCUCCUCCCCCCCUCUCAGGUAAGUAAUGGAGUGGUUGCGCGGAAUAAUCUCACAUUUCCUUGAAUUCUUUGGGUCCAGGAACUGGUUAACCGGAUAACUGCUGGGAAUAGAAAACCAGUGUUUCUCAAUUCUUACGUCUUCCAGCUCUUGGUUUUUUCGCCCAUUCAGAGGUUUUCUUUUCCUAUUUUUUUUUUUGUUAUAUUUCCUCCCUCCAUUUUUACCAAAAUUUGGUCUUUUUUUUCCUCUUUCUUCCCCCUCCCGUUCUCCUUGACCCCCCCCUCCUCCUCCUCCUCCCUCUCUCCCCAUCCCCCCAUCCCCCGUCCCCUUCCAUAAUCUCUUGUAUUCUUUUUUCUUGCUGUUCCAUCAUCUCCGGUUUUGGGUAUCGGUCUGAGUUUUUUUUUCCACGGAAGGUUUUCUUUAUUUCAUUCAUAAGUCAAGGGGAACGGUUUCUUUCUGGGAAAAUAUCACUGGAACAAAAAAAAAAGGGGGGAAGAAAAGAGGGAAAGGACCAUUUGUACAUUAUUUUGCGAGAUCAUAUUUAAGAAAAUUUACAAAGCGAACGAAUAAGUUAUUGAGCGGUGCGCAAUCAAUCACAUACAUUGUUUGUCUUGAGCGCAGGGUGUCGAAAGGGGCUCUCCCUUUCUGGACGAAGGCCAACCGCCUGAGCAACAUGCACGGAGCAGGCAAACCUGAAGUCCAACCUCAGGCUCCGGCAGUCAGAGCGAUAGAGCGCAAGUGAUAAGGUUCCGUGUCUUACUUUUCCUCCUUCCUUCCUUUCUUCCCUCCUCUCUUUCUCCCUCCUCUCCUGCUUCGGCAAGACACUACAGUGGGAUUGCCCCGGUUAUUUUGCGGACAAUGCGUUCCUACGGUAACAUUGUGCACCACCCUUACCCUCUGCCCUUCCCUCCAUUACAUAUAGUCUACCGUAGUGUGAUAUGGAUAAAUUGUUUACCGUAUGAUACGAGUAUUUCUACAGAUUUCUUUCCUCCACCCGCGGGGAAUUAUGAUGCCGUAUGUCCAUUACCGCUUUUGGCGAUUGUAGUUGGGAAUGACCCUACUGGCUGAAGAGCCGGUGGAUGGUAGGAGGGUUUAUCGGAAAGUAAGCCACUGUGUUUAGUCUAUUGGUUCCGGAGAUUUGUGGUCGGUUGACUGGCUG